UUCUCUCCCAGUAAUCUCUUCACAUACUGAAUGGCUAUGGCUUCUGUGUCUUUCAUACUCCUGAGCUUGCUUCCUCUGUGUGGGACUGCAGUGCUAGCUGAAGAAAACAGCGUUGAUGAGUUCCCUUCUUUUUGUGGCGAUUAUGAGUGUCCUAAAUACCAGAUGUUGAAAAGAUACAACACUUUUGAACUUAGAAGAUAUGAAGCCACUCGCUGGGUGACGACACAAUUAGACACAGACAUGUUUGGUCUUGGAAUAAUGAAAAGCUUCAAACGUCUCUAUAAUUAUAUCAACGGCCAGAACACAGAAGGUGUAUCUAUUAAAAUGACUGUCCCUGUUCGUGCUAUUGUGCCAUUGUUUGACCAAUCCAUUAAUGCCACAAUGGGUUUCUUUGUGCCAACGGCCAUUGCGAACCCCCCUGCACCCACGGACUCUUCUUUGUAUUUGGACAGCCUUCCUCCAACAUCUUUCUAUGUCAGGUCAUUUAGUGGCUAUGCCCUGAAGUCCGACUAUGAGAAGGCAUCAAAGGCUCUCUCAGAAGAGCUUGAAGACCUAGGUCUAGCUUAUGAUGUGAAUUUUGGAAUAGCAGCAGGAUAUAAUGACCCUCUGACAUUUUUUAAGCGUCACAAUGAAGUGUGGUUCAGGGCACUAAACCAGUAAAUGCCGAAUUUAGUAUUUUUGUGGUGCAGCACUUGUACUUAUGUGAGUAUGUUUCUGAGAUCUAGUUUUCUUAUAACCUGAAACCACGUUCUGUGCUUUUUUUUUUGUACCUUACUGACAUCACUGCCCUUUUUCUUUUGCAAAAGGUGUAUACUGGGCCAAAGCAAAAGUUGGCAAUAGUAAUUAAAUGAAGGUGUGACAUAAAACUAUGAAAAGUUUUCUGUAAA